UCACACCACGCUGCAGUCACCAGACCUACCUAUUCAUGUACCAAAGAAUGUAACCUUUUAUUACGCCAUGGCCUGCCCAAGGUGACACCUCCUGAUUCUGAUUCCAACAGCCCUUCAUUCAUCAUGGCAUCCUCGUCGACACCAUCUGUCGUGCCCUCUUCCGAAGCUGCAUCAACUCAUUCGCCCAACGACCCUGAAACAGUUGCUCAGCGGCAAAGGCCCCAGGCCAUGACACGAACCCUCUGGAAAUUAUACGUCUCCCACACGCUAUCCACCUGGAACGCGAGGACGUUUGAGUUCGGAUGUAUCAUCUUUCUGGCUACUAUUUUCCCGGGCACAUUGUUCUAUGCCUCAACCUACGCCCUGUUCCGCGCUGCAGCUGCCACCGUGCUGAGUUCCAGGAUAGGUAGACUAGUAGAUUCAAAAGAAAGGCUGUACUUCCUCCGACAAUCCAUUGUCUUCCAACGCUUCUCCGUCGCAUUUUCCUGUCUCCUCCUGCUCGCUCUGCUCCACCCCACCGUCGCUACUAACCGGCCCUGGACUCUUUUGCUCUUCUCCUUCUGCUCUAUUCUGGCCUGCGUCGAGAAGUUGGCUUUCAUUGGCAACACAGUAGCCGUCGAGAGAGACUGGGCUGUAGUGAUUGCGGAUAAGCUGCAGAUUCCAAGAGAAGACCUCAAUAGCGGCUUGCGGAGAAUCGAUUUAAUCUGCAAGCUGGUUGCGCCUUUGUGUGUUUCGCUCGUUGAAGCUUAUUCGACCAGAAUAGCUAUAUGGGCUAUUUUGGGACAGACUCUUGCGAGCGUCGGCCUUGAAUACUUCGCCCUGGUUCACGUAUACGCAGCUAUUCCCGAGCUUGCUAGAAGUAAAAAUACACUAUUGACUCCGACGAUGCUUUCUGGAUCCGAACAGACUUCAGUAUCCUUGUUCUCCUUUGCUACUCCGUGGAAGGCUUACUGGCACAACCCUGCCUUCCUAGCUUCCUUCUCGCUCUCCCUUCUAUACCUUACCACCCUCAGCUUUGCCUCGCAAAUGACCACUUACCUCCUUACACUCGGCUUCACAAGUGUCUCCAUCUCGAUUUUCCGCCUCCUUGCCGUUGCUGUCGAACUAAGCGCGACGUGUGCAGCCCAGCUCCUCAUCCGACGUAUCGGCGCAAUCCGUGCAGGCCUCUGGUUCGUCAACGAGCAGCUUGUUUCCAUCGCCCUCGCCACUGGUCUCUUCAGCUUUUUGCACGGCAAGGGGAAGAUUGCGGGCGUAGCUUUAAUAGCAGGAGUAACACUCAGUCGGCUGGGUCUCUGGGGCUUCGACCUCAGUGUCCAAUAUCUCGUUCAAGAGUCUACCUUGGAAGCUUCCCGCGGGAGUUUCUCCGCUGUCGAGGCGAGCCUCCAAAACUUCUUCGAGAUGCUUUCAUUCGCCAUGACGAUGAUAUUCGCUGCCCCAGAGCAGUUCAAAUAUCCGGUUUACAUCAGCGCAGGUGCUAUUGCCCUGAGCGCUGUGUGUUUCGCCAGCUUUGUGAGGCAGAAGCGCGGUCAUCUCCUUCAUACGUCCAGGUGUCUUGAGAAAAGAAGGAUGAAAGUAAGAUACAAUGUGCUUCCAACGAUUGAGGAGGAAAACGAGUUCGAGGAUACUCUUACACCCGUACCAUCAUCGUCUUUGCCGUAG